AUGCGACCAACGAUUCGUAAAGCAGCUCGGAACUCAGGCGCAAGAAUUUUCGCUAUCAUGGUCAUCAGUGGAAGCGAGGCAGUGACUAGCAGUCAGUAUGCGUCUCCAGUGCGGUUCGAAAUCGCGGCCGGCACUUCUAUCUCUGCUCCAUUUGAAGGCUGUGCGCAGCCUGUCGAAAGAACUAGCAAUAAUUUCGAAAUGAGCAUACUGAUCCAAGGUUGGGGAUGGUUCGAUGAACAGAGUGUCGCCUCAUAG